GGGAUGCGGAUACGGAUCAGGAUCCGGAUCCGGGCGGGGCCAUGGGCAGGGCUCCUCCAGCUCCGCUGCCUCAACCUGAGGAGCUGGAAAAGGACCCAGCUGGCAGUCUGGAAAUGGCCACCGCACACUUGGCACCACUAAGACCACCCAUCGGCACCUCUGGGUCCUCUCUGCCACCACUGGGAGCCGUCGGGUGGCACCCAGCCCGGGCUGGGCGCCAGAGGCUCCCUCUGCUGGCAGCUGCCCCAGAACAUGAUGUUUUAAUCCAGUUUUCUACAAAAACGGGGCUGAGGGAUAAAGAAGGAGCAGCUCUGGCAGCGGGAGCUCUGCUGGGACAUGGCACAGGGGGCUUGAGGUGCAUUGUCUCCCAUGGGUGCAGCAGCCCCAGGUCUGCCGGAGGUGGCACAUUUGGGAUGCUGCAGGACAAGGGAUCUGGGAUCCAGCCACAGCAGGGACACCCAGGCGAUGGCCCCUGUCCCCAAGCCCCCUGUGCCAUGUCACAGCUGACCUCCCCCCGGUGCCAUCAGGAUCUGAUGUCACUGGUGCUCCUGUGUCUCCUCACAGCCGAUUUGUGGUGGAAGAUGACGGUGCCAGUGCCCAACAGCACGGCAGUGUCGUGGGCACUGCCAGAGCCGGAGCUGGAGCGCUCACCCUGCCUGGUUGGCAUCGUGCCCAUCGUGUACUACAGCGUCCUGCUGGGGCUGGGGCUGCCAGCGAACAUCCUGACCGCCGUGGCCCUGUCCCGCCUGGCCACCAGGACCAAGAAAUCAUCCUACUGGUACCUGCUGGCCUUGACCACCUCCGACAUCCUCACCCAGGUCUUCAUCAUCUUCGUGGGCUUCAUCCUGCAGACGGCCAUCCUGGCGCGGGCAGUGCCCAGCGCCUUCAUCCACACCGUCACCGUGCUGGAGUUCACGGCCAACCACGCGUCCACCUGGGUCACCGUGCUGCUGACCGUGGACCG